AUGUCUGCGUUCGGAAUUGUAAUCCAAAAAAGCUUCUCAAUAACACUUUCUCUCUUAUCUCUUUUUUUUCCAUCCCAGAAAAGAGAGGACAACCAGACAGAUUCCAGACUCAGUCCUAAGAAGAGUGCAGAGCCCGCCAUCGACCUGUUAGGCCUUGAUGCACCCACAGCUAGCUCUGUCAGCAGCGGGGUAGGAACAGGCAGUGCAGUUCCAAUCAGUGAUGACUUGGACAUCUUUGGACCAAUGGUAUCCAAUCCUUUGCCCUCAAACACCAACACAAACCAGGUCAGUUCCAGUAAGGCAGCUGGGAGUGUUCAAGCCAGCUCUGCCGGAGGGGCUGUGGCAGGUGCGACGGCCACUGGAAGUUCUGCUCCAGCACAGGGAGAUCUGGACCUGUUCAGCGAAACCAGCGGGAGCAGCAAAGCAGAGGAAGCGGCCAAGAAACCUCUCUCCAAGGACUCCAUUCUCUCCCUGUAUGGCUCCAGCACCGUCCCACAACAGCCUGCACAAGCGACGGCGAUGUUCAUGGGCCCGUCUCAGAUGCAGUUCCCUGCGCAGCCACAGGGGAACUUCCAGGCUUUCCCCGGGAUGGGAGGAGCCAUGCCGCCUACUACCAUGAUGGGGGCUGUCAUGGGCCAGGGUGGCGCGAUGAUGGGCCAGAAUACGGGCAUGAUGGUUGGCAUGACGAUGCCUAACGGUUUCAUGGGCAACGCACAGCCGGGGGUGAUGGGCUUGGCUCCAGGCAUGAUGGGACCUCAGGGCAUGGUGGCCCCUCAAAACAUGUAUGCCAUGCAGCCAGGUCAGCAAGGACAGUGGAAUAUGGCACAGAUUAACCAACAGAUGUCUGGAAUGAACCUGAAUGGUUCCAGUGCUCCAAUGCCAUUUGGGCCACCUGGUGCCCCCAUGGGCGGCUGGGUGGCACCCCCAUCUGGUCAGACCCUCAGCACCCAGCUCUGGAAGUAA